AGAUAAAUAAAGCUUCUCCCUUACUGUUUGAGCAAAAACUUCCUGUUUUGCUCCACACACGCCAUAACAAACCCUACGCUCCACCACCACACCAAACCACAGCCUUCCUCUUUUUCUAUAGCAUGCACAUAUGACGCCUUUCUUCCUGUAAAAGAUGCAUCCCUCAUGCUGCAGUCGCACAGUGAUCAAAUGUAUUUACUGCAGGGACAGCUGAGUAACUAUCUAAGGGACCAUUCCUCUGGACACUGAGGUGAGCAUCAUGGCUGUAAACUCUCUGGACCUGCUCUUCAGAACUCUAGAUGAUUUGGAGUCUGAAGACCUGAAGAGGUUCAGGACAUACCUGUUUGACUCUGAGGGGAAUAUGGAGGGGUUUAAGCCCAUCCCCAAAGGAAAGUUGGAGGACAGUGAUGCUACUGACGUUGCCUCUAAGAUGAAGGAGGCAUAUGGGGGGGAAGGCUCUGUGAAAAUGACUCUGACCAUCCUGAGGAAGAUGAAUCUCAACAACCUUGCAGACAAACUAGAAAGGGAUGCUGCAGAGUCUGGAAAGAGAGAUGAGGGUGUAAUUGUUCAAAACUCUACAAAGGAAGAUGAAGAUGCAAUUGUAAAUGAAGUCAAGGAAACACACAAGAAGUGGAUGAUAAAGAAGUUUGGUAAGAUUUAUGAGUGUAUUGAGGAGGGGAAGAACAAAACACUCCUGAGUAAAAUUUACACGGAGCUAUACAUCACAGAGGGAGAGAGUGAAGGUGUCAACACACAGCAUGAGGUUCGAAGGAUUGAAACACAAUCAAAGUUUCAUAGAGAUAACAAGGACAAAAUCAACUCUAAUGACAUCUUUAAGUGUGUACUGGAACAUGACAAAAUCCGAACUGUGAUGACCACAGGCAUUGCAGGCAUUGGAAAAACAGUAUGCGUGCAGAAGUUCAUUCUAGAUUGGGCAGAAGGAAGGGCCCAUCGGGAUGUUGACUUCAUAUUUGCACUUCCAUUCCGGCAGUUCAAUUUGAAACAGAAUGUUUCAUACUCUCUUCACAAACUCCUCCUUCACUUUCAUCCUGAAAUGGAUGAAAAGGUCAUAAAUCCACACAUGCUCAGAAAGUCGAAUAUCAUAUUCAUCUUUGAUGGUCUCGAUGAGAGCAAACUCUCCCUGAAUAUAGAACAGGACAUAGAUAUAUAUGAUCCCCUGAAGACUGCAUCAGUGGAAGUGUUGAUAGCGAAUCUCAUCAAAGCCAACCUUCUGCCAAAUGCAUUUAUUUGGAUAACAUCCCGGCCAGCAGCUGUCAAAUGGAUCCCUCCUAAGUACAUAGACAGGUGGACAGAGGUACAAGGGUUCAAUGACCAACAGAAGAAUGAAUAUUUCAAGAAGAAGAUUGAGAAUGAAGCUGAAGCCGACAAAGUCAUCACCCACAUUAAAAGUUCAAAGAGCCUAUACAUCAUGUGUCACAUACCUGUCUUCUGCUGGAUCUUAGCUUCUGUUCUUCUGAAAAUGAUCAAUCAAACCAGCACAAGUUACUUGCCUCAAACACUGACUGAGGUCUAUAUCUGUUUUCUGCUAACUGAAACAAACAGGAAGUGCCAAAAAUAUGGCAAGGGUAUUGAACAAGAUGAUAAAAAACGGCUGCAGUCUAACAGAGAGGCUAUUUUAAAAUGAUCUGAACUAGCAUAUAACGAACUGGGGAAAGGUAAUAUCUUGUUUUAUGACGACAGUUUAAAAGAGUGUGGCAUCAAUGAAGAUGACAUUACAUUGUACUCUGGCAUGUGCUCUGAGUUCUUCAAGAGUGAGUGUGUAGUCGACCGACAUAAAGUUUAUUGCUUUGUGCAUCUCAGCAUACAGGAGUUUCUGGCUGCUUUCUUUAUAUUUCACUCCUUGAUGAAUAAGAACACAGAAGUCUUGGAACAAUUCUCAUCAAAAGAAUCUUUCUUUACAGCAAUAGGGAGACGUGUGACUAGGUUAUUUAAUGCAGGCUCGAGAACUCCCACCAUCAUUUCCAUGGCUGAUUUUUUUAGAACAGCAGUAGA